GACAAGAUUCUUUAAAAGAAUGUUUAGUUAUCGUUUAGCUCUCUUUCUGUACUCUGCUGAAAGCAGCGUGGGAAUAAUAAUAAUUAAAAAAAUUCAUAUCCUCUCAUUUAUUGGCAUGAAAUAGAAGUCAUAAAAACAUGAAAUGCACAUAAGUUGUCAGAAUUAACUACCCACAAAAGCAAUUUCCCCUCUUUCAGUCUUGUGUUCUUUGCACCCCAAAGCUGCCAGUGUUAUAAUUUGCAAAUGGAUUGUCUGGCUCUCCUUUCCCGACUGUUAAUGAUUUGCUGCAGAAGGAGCAAGGCAGAGGAGAGUCAGAAAGAGGAGAAUUCCGCGGUUGGAGAGGAGUCUGAUCCAGCUUCACACAAGCACCGCCUCUUCCCUUCUCGGGCCAGCAGGCAUAUUUUGGUGGAGAUCCCACAGUGCUAGUCAAAAGCGAGGCAGACGCAGGUCUUGCACAUGGAGGCGCCUAGUCCACAAGCCCCAUGCUCCUCGGAAGCACCGGGAUUUCUCAACAAUUUCAUGAAUCUCCUGCUCAGGAUCAAAGAAAAACUCUUCACCUGGAAUAUCUUGAAAACAAUUGCUCUGGGCCAGAUGUUGUCCUUGUGUAUCUGUGGGACAGCUAUCACCAGCCAGUAUUUGGCAGACAAGUACAAAGUAAACACUCCAAUGCUUCAAAGUUUUAUCAACUAUUGCUUACUCUUUUUUAUUUACACAACAAUGUUGGCAUUUCGACCAGGCAAUGAGAACCUUUUGCACAUCCUGAAAGGAAAAUGGUGGAAGUACAUCUUCUUGGGCCUAGCUGAUGUGGAGGCUAAUUAUAUGAUUGUUAAAGCUUACCAGUAUACUACCCUCACAAGUGUCCAGCUUUUGGACUGCUUUGGGAUUCCAGUUUUGAUGGCCCUUUCAUGGUUUGUUCUUCAUGCAAGAUAUAGAGUGAUCCAUUUUAUUGCUGUGGCCAUCUGUCUUUUGGGAGUAGGAACAAUGGUUGGUGCUGACAUACUAGCUGGAAGAGAUAACAAUUCAGGAAGUAAUGUGUUGAUUGGUGAUGUCUUAGUACUUCUUGGAGCUUCUCUCUAUGCCAUUUCUAAUGUGUGUGAAGAGUACAUUGUGAAAAAGCUGAGUCGAGUGGAGUUCCUAGGAAUGGUGGGCUUGUUUGGGACAUUUAUCAGUGGCCUCCAGCUCAUACUUGUAGAAUAUCAUGAUAUUGUUGCCAUUCAUUGGAACUGGAAAAUCGCAUUACUAUUUGUGGCCUUUGCCCUGUGUAUGUUUUGUCUGUAUAGCUUCAUGCCAGUAGUCAUCAAAGUCACGAGUGCUACCUCGGUCAACCUGGGCAUCCUAACUGCUGAUCUCUACAGCCUUUUUUUUGGACUCUUUCUUUUUGGAUAUAAGUUUUCAGGACUGUAUAUUCUCUCCUUCAGUGUCAUCAUGGUAGGCUUCAUCUUAUAUUGUUCUACCCCUACUCGAAAUGCAGAGCCCCCUGAAAGCAAUGUGCCGCAACUGACCAGCUUUGGGUUUGAUAAUCUAGGACUAAAGAUUGAUGAGAACAUCCAGGAAAUGAACUCUGCAUCCAUGUAGCCAAAGAAGCCAUGGUGCUAAUGGACUCUGGAUAACUGGGAUGUUAUCCAGAUUGGAUGACCAUUGGAUAAACUGGGUGUCAUCAUCCCAUAUGAACUGGAAUUCACUCACUAUGGAAGCAAAACUCUGAAAUUUUGAUGACUUGUCAAAAUGUUAAUGAACAUUGUGUCAUCAUCUGAUGUAUAUGUGAUAUAAAAUUGUAUAAUAAAUAGAAAGCAUUUUCUAAAAAAAUAGAAGUGACUUAAUAUAUAGCAGAAUUGAGUGUUCAGAACCUGAUAGAACACAUAUAAUGAUCAAAACCCAUCAGUGUCAAGAUUGUAGAUGGCGAGGAGUUGGAUCUGAGAGAGGUGACAUGGGGCUAAAAAUGAAGAAUAAAGGAUGUUCAUUAGAAGCAAUUGUGGAACAAGUUCUAAACUAGAGAUCAAGAUUAGAGCUGAGAUUAGAGCAAGUUAGGCAGUCCAGACUAGUUCAGUUUUUCCUUGAUCAAGCAACUUGAUACAUUUCUUACAGAGAGUGUCUACUACUAGUAUAGGGUGAUUUAUCACCUGUAAGUAAGAACUUGGUUGGAAAGGAUAGUAAAUGGGGUAUAAUUGACAGAUCCUGACAAUACCAUUUACUGAACUAGAUAAUUCAUUGAAUUCAUCAAACCCUGGCUUUCUUUUUAUUGUUGUAAAAAACAAAGGUUAAGACUUAUUACCAAAUAUUUAUAAUGUACCAUGUUUUUUUAAUUUAUGAAAGUUAUGUAAAUCCUGUAGUUAUCAUAAAAUUAAUUAUUAAUGUGUGUUCCAUUUUAAGCAAACCCAAUAUACCAAAAACUCUAAUGAGUAAGAUAAACAAAUUAAGGGGAAAGUAUUUACAUUAUAGGAAGCAGUGAGGUGGUUUGGUGGACAAGAGUGUUAGACAUGAAGUCAAGAAGACUUGGCUUCAAAACUGGUCCCAAACACUUAUUAGCUAUGUGAUCCCGGGCAAAUCACUUAUCCUCUGUUUUUCU